GGGGCCUCUUUGUCAGCCCCAGACCGGCGCUCAUCGCACGCCCUUUGUCAAAUGAGAGAUGCGGAGGGGCUGUUCCUCAGCCGAGGUUUAACCAAUGGAGGAGGCGAGAUGGGCGGGCCGGGAAUGCCUGGCCGCGGGUCCUCAGCUCCCAGCCGAGGUGCGGCGAGCUGGUGGGGGUACCGCGAGGCGAGCGCGGGAUCCUGGGCAGCGAGUGGGGUGUGAGCUGCCUGAAAAUGCACUCGGAUGCUGCCGCUGUCAACUUUCAGCUGAAUUCUCAUCUCUCAACACUGGCAAAUAUUCAUAAGAUCUACCACACCCUUAAUAAGCUAAAUCUAACAGAAGACGUUGGCCAAGACGAUCACCAAACAGGAAGUCUGCGGUCUUGUGGUUCUUCGGACUGCUUUAGUAAAGUGAUGCCGCCAAGGAAAAAGAGAAGACCUGCCUCUGGAGAUGAUUUAUCUGCCAAGAAAAGUAGACAUGACAGCAUGUAUAGAAAAUAUGAUUCAACUAGAAUAAAGACUGAAGAAGAAGCCUUUUCAAGUAAGAGGUGUUUAGAGUGGUUCUAUGAGUAUGCAGGCACCGAUGAUGUCGUAGGUCCUGAAGGCAUGGAGAAAUUUUGUGAAGACAUUGGUGUUGAACCAGAAAACGUAGUUAUGCUUGUCCUAGCUUGGAAAUUGGAUGCACAAAAUAUGGGUUAUUUUACUCUACAGGAGUGGUUAAAAGGAAUGACUUCUCUACAAUGUGAUACAACAGAAAAACUCAGAAAUACUUUGGAUUACUUAAGAUCAUUAUUAAAUGAUUCUACAAACUUUAAACUUAUUUACAGAUAUGCGUUUGACUUUGCACGGGAAAAGGACCAGCGCAGCCUAGACAUAAACACUGCCAAGUGCAUGUUGGGACUGUUAUUAGGAAAAAUCUGGCCCCUUUUUCCAGUUUUUCACCAAUUCUUAGAGCAAUCAAAAUAUAAAGUUAUUAACAAAGACCAGUGGUGCAAUGUGCUAGAGUUUAGCAGAACCAUUAAUCUUGACCUCAGCAACUAUGACGAAGACGGAGCGUGGCCAGUUUUGUUGGACGAGUUUGUGGAGUGGUAUAAAGACAAACAGAUGUCCUAGGACUUUAUGCAUAGCAGCGAAAGAGUCACUGUUACCACAGUUAUGUCAACCAUUAGCCAUAAAUCGCUGUUUGUAUCAAAGCGCAUGCUGCUUCUCUUGCACUGUCUCCCUUUUGCAGGGACGUUUUUUGGUGUUUGCUAUGGAAUGGGCCAGCUCUGCCUGCUGUGUAGCAUUGUUCUCUUGGAAGGCUGCUUUGCAGUUGUAUUUACACUACAGAUUGGUGAAUUUGCCAACGUCCUCACUGUGAUUAUGUGUAUAUUGCUGUUAAAAUUUUGUAUAUGUGUAUAAAAAGAAAAAGCUUCACCUAGAGAUUAUUUCUGCAAAAAUGUAUUGUAAAAAUAAUUUUGUGGCAUAUUUCUAGUCCCUUUUUUCAAAUGAACCAAUAACACUUUAUUUGGUCUCAAAUGUAGCAUUUCAGGAAACAUGACAGAACAACUGUUACCAUAAGUAAAUGUUGCCAGAAUUCACUGUAUUGUUCAAGAGGCCAACUUUUGGAAGGAAGUGGGAGUUAUAACUUUGGAGAGGCAUAUGCCAAAUAUAAUUUGGUCUACUUAAAUAUUAGCAUUUUUAAAUGAUGAAACUUGUAUUUAUUUGAACAUAUAGACAUGUACCAUGUCACAAAUCAUUUCCACCAUGUAAGGUAUAGGUUUUUCUUUUCUGAUGUUAAAAGCUGUAAUAAUUUGAAUAUAGGUACAAAUGAACAAGUUAAAAAUUGCACCUUUUUUUUUUAAUGAGAUGGUUUUAAACUCUUGUAAACUUUCUUUAGUUUCUUUUUUUUUUUUCUCUUUUGCAUUCUUCUUGUCAGUGUUUAGUCUGCUGAUGCUUUCACUGCCAUCCUAAGUAAGAUUUGUUUUUCCUUCUCCAUGAAAACCUAAUGGUUUGCUGGCAUUUUAUAACUGCAGAGCACUUUUAGUUGUGGCUUGAAUUUUUAGUUAAGCUUUCAUGGUGUCUAAUUUUCUAGUUUUUUUGGAAAAAGAACUCUUAUUAUAAGUGAGAGGUGUUUUGUUUUCCUUUUUGUUUCUUUCAUGCUAGGCUUUUCCUGGCAGAAUGUCCAUUGCAGGCAGUGGACACGAAACCACCAGCAUUGAGCUAAUAACUCUAUUACACGGCAGGCCCUUUUCUGGAGAGGCCACUCGUCAUUACCUGGAUAAUUUGUAUAGAAAGGCGGUAGCCAUUAUUUAUGUGGAUGAGGAAACAAGUGAACAGGAUGGUAUUUUUAGGUUUGUAUUUUAUGUCCUUUUCCCCCCCCCCCUCCCCUUGCCUUACCCUUCUUGAGGAAAUGUAUAGAUAACAUGUUUCCCCCUCAACUAUCUGGUGCUAUUAAACGACUAUUUUAGUCCCUAAAGUUUUCUGAAACACAAAAGUCUAAUGAUUUAAUCCAAAUAAAAAGCUAAUGGUGCAUUUGAACAAGUGAAUGCUAUAGUUGUGAGCAAGAUCCAUGAUUGAAUAUAUGUUUGGAAGAGGUUUGGAUCAUUUCAAAAUCUGGCUGAAAAAUCUUCUGGAUUAAAUGUGAACCUUUAAAUGGCAUUAAAUCAGAAAAGCACACAGACAAUGCUACUCUUGACCACUAUGUCACAGUUUCUUUGCAAACUGUGUUCAGAUUUUCAUAUUAUUUUUUUCUCUAACUGAACCACCAAAGACAGAAAUUUUGUAUGUAUAUACAGUGUGUGUGUGCAUAUACAAAAUCAUAAUGUGGUAGAAUGAAAUUACUUCCUUUUUCUACCAAAUAGAAAGGUUUGGUUUGCUGCAAAAUAAACCAGAAGUUUGAAAAACUCUAUAGUGAUUAAGCAUACUUAAUCAUUCCUUGUUUAGGGUUUGUAGACUCCCUUCUACUUUAUAAAUUCAUACCAGUUUGCACAAAUUAAUAUCUGAAAAGAAUUGAAGAUGUUAAUGGCAAACACAGCCCUUGGUUCUGAUGGCGCUGUUCCAGUGGCAAUUGACCACAGGCAGGUUCUGAUCUGUGGAGAACUUGAUUUAUUUUCAAAAGUAUCCUGUAAAGUUUUUUUAUUUUUUUAAAAUCACUGUAAAGUCAACAGUUCUUAAAUUUGAUCAACUAUGAAUCACAAAUGAAUAUACAAAUAUAAACCAUUGAUGAAAUUAUUUUAAAAGUUAUUAUUAGGAACUGGAGAGUUUUUUAAACACUAAGCACAGUUAAUCCUAAAUUAAAGGACUGUUAUAGGAGAGAGGUUCCAUUUUAUUCACAAUGAACAUUUUGAUAAUGGGGGGGAAAAGCCCAAGUAAAAACGGUUUCAUGAUAUAUAAUAGGAAAGUAGGUAUUCCAAAGCGAUAAUCUUGCAUAUUUAGAAAACUCCAAAUAAUCUUAAACGCCCUUGAAAAAUAAACGUCUGUGACUGCAGAGUGCUUGCCCUUGGUUUUCUUGAUUUUAUGAAGUUAUUUUUAAGGGAAGGAAAAAGGGUCAGAGUAAUAAGAGACCUUUUCUUAAAAAUGUCCCUAAAUUGUAUAGAAUUGAGCAAUCAUCAAGCACAUAUUUACUGGCUAAUAUUAAAUAAAUUAGGGUGCCUUCUUCUGAUUGUUUUUUUUUUUUUAAUUACUUAAGUCUACACCCUUUAUCUCUUUCUGUUGUGUUUUGAACUCCUCAUUGCAAUACCCUGUCGUAAUGGAAUACAACUUGUAGAUGUUUACUACUGCAGUAGGUCACAAAUUUCAUUAUUUGAUUUGCCAUAACACCCACUGUAAUGUCACAUGCAGCUUUUGGGAAGCGUGAACUCUGAAUUAAGUUGUUAUAAAUCUGACUAGACAAACCUUCAGGCUUAACAACAGAUUUCUGUUGCCUCUGUCUCCAUUUUAACAGUGCUUUUGAAGUUUAUACAGAAAGCUUUAAAAGUUCGUUUUGUGCCCUUGGUUUUUAUUCUUAAAACUGCUAAAAUACCUCUGUAAGCCUUAUCUUUUCUUCUUUCAUAUGUUGAAUAAUAAGUGUAUAGAAUUCAUUGACCAACUAAAAUGUUGGAUGUCUGUAAAUGAGACCAAAAUGUGGGUUGCUUUUUUCAUAAAGUAAUUUUCCAUGGGGGUUACUGUUAAAUGGACUGAACAGCAGCUAACCUAUAACUGUGAAUGCUUCAUGUCGUCAGUAUUUGCAUUACAUUCAUAAACGUGUGCAAGUCCUGUGACUCCCAGCUUAACUCAGAUACUGUUAUGCCACCUAACUUGAGUACAGCAAACUGGUUUUAGGUUUUAAUGUAACUGAUGUAAAAUGAUAUCCCAUAAAUAAAAAGUAUUUGUGUUUGGUUUCAGAA